AUGGGUCCUCUUUUGAUUAUAUUCACGCUCAGUGUUGUGGCAGCUCUGGCCGACGGUAUUUUUAUACGCCGUGAUCCAGGCCCCCGCUACCAGCAUGUACAAGAUGGUCUAGGCACACUAAGCCUUGAGGAACUCUGUGCGCCACCGACUGACGACGCCAAAUACAACCCAGACACACAGAAUGUAUAUCACUUGUUUACUAGACGCAACCCAUCAGUAAGCCAGCCCAUAAUUCCUGGCAACGAGCAGCUGCUGAAGGCAUCCAACUUCGAUCCUUCACAUAGAACUGCCGUGCAAAUCCAUGGCUGGUAUAGCAACGCUACCGACAACUUUAAUGCUGUUCUACUUGCUGCUUUCUUAGCGGCAGAAGACAUGAACGUGAUCGUGGUAGACUGGAGCGCCGGUGGCAACACUUACAACUAUGGCAAAGCCAUCAGAAAUACUGUCCUAUCAGGUGCUGGUGUGGCUCGCUUCAUCUCCUGGAUUAACAACGUGACUGGCGCCGAUGUGGCGAACUACCAUGUAGCAGGGUACAGCCUGGGUGGUCAACAAGCUGGUAUUGUGGGAAGAAACCUCGAUGGCAAAGUUGGAUAUGUCACCGGGUUGGAUCCCGCGGGCCCCUGUUGGGUUGGAUACGACCACACCUUCAAAGCAUCAGAUGCAAUCUAUACCGAAGUUAUACAUACCAGCAUAAGAGUGGUUGGGUACCUGGAGCCCCUCGCUGAUGUGGACUUCUACCCGAAUGGUGGAGAUAACAUGCCUGGCUGUGGUGUGUCUGAUGAUUGCAACCAUGACAGAAGCUACCAUUACUUCGCUGAAUCUAUCCGUGAUGGAGGUUUCACAGGAGUCAAGUGUGAGAGCUACGAACACGCACUUGUAGGAGACUGCCAUCUACCGGAGACACUGAAUAUGGGUGGUAUCGAACCUAAGACUGGAAAAUCUGGCGUGUUCUACUUGGAAACCAACGCCGGAGCGCCCUUCUCAAAAGGCUAA